AUGUCUCCUCCCGCUGCUAUCUUCGAGCCUGCCACUGCCGCCCCUACCGGUAUCAAGGGUAAGGUGAAUGUCCCUGAAACUGCUUCAACCACCUUGACCGGCCAGGGCCAGAGCAAGCUCCUCGAUCAGUUCGGUGGCAAGUGGGAUGAGUUCAAGUUCGCCCCUAUCCGCGAGAGCCAGGUCUCUCGUGCCAUGACUCGACGCUACUUCCAAGAUCUGGACAACUACGCCGAGAGCGAUGUUGUUAUCGUCGGCGCUGGUUCCUGCGGUCUGAGCACUGCCUACGUCCUAGCCAAGGCCCGUCCAGACCUGAAGAUUGCCAUUCUGGAGGCUUCCGUCUCCCCGGGAGGUGGUGCCUGGCUCGGAGGCCAACUCUUCUCCGCUAUGGUCCUGCGCCGUCCCGCGGAUGCCUUCCUGGCUGAACUGGGUGUUCCCUUCGAAGAGGAGCCUUCCAACCCCAACUUUGUCGUGGUGAAGCACGCCGCCCUCUUCACCUCUACCCUCCUUUCAAAGGUUCUCUCAUUCCCCAACGUGAAGCUCUUCAACGCAACCUGUGUCGAAGACCUCAUCACCCGCCCUGACGGUGAUACCGUCCGCCUGGCUGGUGUCGUCGUGAACUGGACCCUAGUCACCCUUCACCACGAUGACCACUCCUGCAUGGACCCCAACACCAUCAAUGCACCUAUCAUUGUCUCGACCACUGGUCACGACGGUCCUUUCGGCGCCUUCUGUGCUAAGCGUCUCGUGUCUAUGAACACCAUCGAGAAACUCGGUGGCAUGCGUGGUCUUGAUAUGAAUGCCGCCGAGGACGCUAUCGUUAAGAACACCCGUGAGGUUGCAAAGGGUCUUAUCAUUGGUGGCAUGGAGCUGUCGGAGAUCGAUGGUUUCAACCGCAUGGGACCUACUUUUGGUGCCAUGGUUAUGUCGGGUGUCAAGGCCGCCGAGGAGACUCUGGCUGUCUUUGACCAGCGAAAGCAGGAGUGUGCUGAGUAA